AUGGCUGCUUUGGGUCUGAUAGAUUUCAAGGAAGAGUUGAUGUGUUCUACCUGUUUACGCUAUUUGACAAAACCAGUUGCAAUUGAAUGUGGACACAAGUUUUGCUUUGAGUGCCUCUUAAAAAAUUGGAAGGAAGCCUCUGGCCAGGGCACCUGCCAUCAGUGCAAGGAUGUUUACAAGUUAAGAGAUCCAAGGUAUAGCCUGCAGCUGGGAAUGAUGGCUGAACUAGUAAAGCCACUGAUUCCUCACUUAAUGGAUCUGAAGAAUAGUCUAUGUAAGAUACAUGAAAAUAAAGCAGAGCACUUCUGUGUAGUAGACCAGGUUCCCCUUUGUGACAUCUGUUUCCAGUCUCCGGAACAUCAGUUUCAUGUAGAAUUUACCAUUGAAGAGACUAACAAAACAUUCAAGAAUGAAGUCCAGGAAAUUCUGAAUUUUCUACACAAGGCAUUAGAGUUUCACAAGAGAGAACUUCUUUCCUCAGAAGAGAAAAAUGAACAGGUUCCAUGCAAUAGUUUACAGAGAUGCCAGUCUAGGAUUAACUUUCCCAAGACUAUUUUGAAAGGACUGAAUAUGAAGCAAGGAUGGUUAGAAUGGAUGCGAGGAUUUUCAGAGAAUAUAACCUUGGAUGGGAAAACAGCCAGUCCUUAUCUCACUGUGUCUCUAGAUUUGAAGAGUGUGAUUAACAAAGGCAUCAAGCAGGAUGUGGUGGAUCACCAAGAACGGUUUGAUUAUCCUGCCGUCAUGGGAACCCAGAACUUUACCUCUGGAAUACAUUAUUGGGAGGUGACUGUGGGAGAGAAUAAUGAGUGGGAAAUAGGAAUUUGUAAGGCAUCUAUGGGUAGAAAGAAUGCCUCAUUCUCCAAUAAGGAUCUGUUUUUGUUGAAGUGUGUUUCACAUGCUCAAUCCUAUAUUUUGUGUAAUCCCAACUCUUUAGUAUUAGUUCCUUAUUCAAAGCUUACUACAAAAAAUGUGGGAAUUUUACUCGAUUAUGAUUUGGGAACUCUUUUAUUCUAUGAUGCUAUAAGAGACUGCCCCCUACUUUGUUUGCCAGUUUUACCAUCAGGACCUCUGUGUCCUAUCUUCUUUCCUUGUCCCCAUACUGAAAAUGGAGAUCCUGUACCAUUAACUAUAUGUCCAGUAAAAACACGGUUAAGGAAGAAAACUUCCUCUUCACCAUCCUAA